UGUCUAAGUUUCCCUAUUAUGGCGUCCAUUGGGGCCCCUGCUGACAAGUGCUUUGCGAAAUAUUAGCUGCCCCAUAUGCAUCUUGUUUCGCGCAAUCGCUAUCCUCUGAUGCACAUGAUGCCCACAGACACCGUUGUCGACUACCUCCUCUCCGCACCUAAAAUAGUCCGUGAAGCACACCCGAUGCACUGGACCUUUCUCGAUGGCCCUCAAGACGGCACUGUUAUGCUUACAUGGCAACCUCUAAACCAUCUGGGAACCAAUUUCGCGAGUGACGGUUAUGUCUGGGCCGAUGUCGAACAAGCUUUCACCUUCGAGGCUCGAGGCUAUGUAUGUUUCUGGUCCAGUUGUUGGUAUGGCAUAAUUGAGAGCUCCGUUACUGACACCUUUCCCGAACCCCAGCCUGCCCCCGCCCGACCCUUCGCUAUGGAUUGUACACUACUCCCGAGCGCCUCCUAAUGAUCACAUACCGGCAAAUCGGAUCCCGGUCUUACCCCAAGUUCAAGGCAUGCUGGCCCAACGUCGGUUUUUGCAAAGCCAGGGUAUACUAGCGCGCAAGGAUUUUAUGCUGCACGACCGCAACAACUGGCCCACAAUCGGCCUGCCACCCCAAAUGGCAGUUCAACAGGGCUACCAACAACCACAGGGGCCGUAUCCGAAUGCCAUGGUUGGACGGCAACCAUUCUACCCGCAGCCCGGCCCAGGGGUGCAGCCUCCCACUGGCCCAGUUCAACCAAAGGCGCCGCGCGGACACCGUGCUCCAUCAGCGGCAGUUAAUGCAGCUACUACCGACUUUUCUCUAGAGGAUGAAGAUGUAUCUGCGGGCGAUAUCAUGGACCUGCUUACUCCACGAGAAGUGAGCAAGAUGAGGUACCAACAACAUCAUGAAUGGAUGGAAGAGGUCUUAGCCUCUCCAUAUGCUAUCAGCCAAAUCACCCCCGUUUCUCUUGGCCUGGGUAGAAAAGGCGAACUGGAGUCGUUAACCGCAGGCUUUUUCGACGCACCUGUGGGCCCUGUCAAUGGAGACUCGACAGACGCCAAUGAAGCGAAACAGGCGACCAAAUUGGAACCGGAAAAAGCGGAGGAAUUUGCCGACCGUGUUGCCAAGAAGGUCGCGGAUAUGACAGCGGAGAUUGAAAAGUUGAAGAAGCGGCAUGCGCGUCGGAUGGAGAAGUUCAACCGCACAUCUCAGCUUAAAGACGCCGAGACCCGGCUACGCGACGCUGCAGCAGACCCGGCAGACACUGGUUCCGAGAUUUGGAGGCUGGAAGGUCGUAUUGAGAUCCCUACGGACGAGGAUAACGUGCCGCUUGCGCCAAUAGAGCACAAGGCCAAGUACAAGGUUGAUGACAUCGUCAGAGAGGUAGAGAACUCGUGGCAAAAGCAGAUCGUCCCAGAGCCAAAGGUCUCCUGUAUCGAGAAGGGUGGUCUGUUGGAGAAGAUUGAACCAGAGCAGAAGACAACAGAUCUAGACGUCAAUAUGGACCAUGCGGAUAGUCACCUGCUGGAUCAAUUUACGGCUCAAGGCACAACCGCACAAUCACACGCCACUACUGCUCCAGGCGCCCCGGGUCAACAGCCGACGACGGGCGUCGCACAAGACCAGUCCCUGGCCGGGCUGGAUAUCGACAUGGACCUCGGGAACAUUCCGCAAGCAGGUACCGCGUCAGGAGAGACUGGUGACUGGGUCAUGGUCAACGAUAAGAAGGACGACACCCCGGGAAGUGGUCUACAGGGUUUGACACCUGGAAAUACGGGCGCAGACGGCGGCCUUGAUGGGACUAACUUCGACUUCACCAACAUGGACAGUGCCGGCGAUGCGCUUGCUGCGUAUACCGAGCAAAACGACGGUCUGGAUCUCCCUGACCUUGAGAACUCUGCUUUUGGAGAUGCAUUCCAUGCAUCUGAUAAUGAAAACACCCAUCAUCAUGAUGCGGACGAUAUGUCUUGA